AUGUUAAAAUUUGCUUCAUCGAUUCUUUCCCGUUCUAGUUUGUCAACUUCAAAAACAUCAUCAUGCAUCGGAAUUUUAUUGCAACAUAAUAAUAAUAAUCAAACAAGAGAAAAUAGGAGAUUUGUUUUACCGGGGCCGAAAUCCCUUGACCAGAUUGUAAAAGUGCCUUUACUUGAGAGAGAAACACCAGAAGCAAUAAUUAAAAUAUGGAAGGAUCAUCAUGAAAUGAAUCCGUUAAUUUUGGCAGAAACAGUUCCAUAUACACAAUAUCAAGUUCUCAAACACCGUUCAAAAGAUUGUCCAAUGUUUGUACUACCUGUGUUUAAAAACAUUGGAUUUCAAACCGUUGUUUUGCAAUUUCAAACCGAGCAUGUUUUAUUUACAUCGAUGAGAGAGUUCAAAGCAAAGGGAGAAUGGGCAUCCCCUCAAAUGUCUCUCACACACUUUACUGAAUUUUCUCAAACAAAAGGAAUUGUGCUAAUGAGAGGCGAAACAAAUGAUGCACAUAUUAAUAAGGCAGAAGGAAGAGAGCUUGCAAGAUUCAUGUACAAGUUUUACCUUGAUGAUAACUUGUAUCAUACAUUCGUAGAAGUUUUUAACAAGGAGCCAUCAAGAUUUAAUUUUGAAGAACUCAUCAAUGCAGUGAAGGCGCUCAAACCACCAAAACCAAGACCCAAUCCUCUUGUACCCCCUCCCAAGAUGAAGUAG